AUGGAUAGUGUAGAGGCUGUAUCAGCCAGGGAUAAGCACAAGAGUUUUUUCCUGCCGGCUAAGAGUGUCGUUCUGGUGGACGAGGACGAGGAAGAUGAGGAUGAUGAGGUUUCCAACACAGUUUAUUCUCUACAGAACAAUGAUGAUGGUAUCAAGAACUCUUCUCAAGUUUCCAGCAUUCUAGAGGAAGAAGCGCAUAAGGAGGUGGAGGAGGGUCUGCUGGACGUGUUGGACAGGUGCUGCGCUAUGCUUCUUGAUGGGGAGAUGCCUGCACAGUAUCCUGAUCUCCGUGUUGCCACAUUCAUGAGGGACGGACUUCAGCUAACGGUGGACCUGAUGGCACUUAACAAGGGGUGGAGGAGCAAGAUACCAUUGAUACCGUUGGCACCAGUACCAGUGAUGCUAUUGAACUGUCUGACAGCGAGUACGAGUCAGAAGGGCGACAAUAAAAAUUUAUUGGCAGACUCUGACAGAAUACGAAAUUGGGAUUAA